AUGUCAUCAUUGGAUGCCAUCAAGUCAAGUUUCAAUCUCACCAAAGAUCAGUUUCAGGCCAUUGUUAAUGGAUUCAAACAAGAAUAUGAACAGGGUCUCAAUACUGCUGAAGCCAAAGGGUUGGCUACUAUGAUUCCUUCUUAUGUCACACGAUUACCAACUGGACAAGAAAAAGGUACGUUUUUAGCAUUGGAUAUAGGUGGAAGUACUUUACGUGUAUGUGCUGUUGAACUUUUGGGUCAAGGUCAAGUCAAGGUCAAUGAAGUCAAAAGAUCUAUUCCCAUGACAGAUCCUCUUCGUACUGGUGAAAUUGAACCUUUCUUUGAUUGGAUGGUGGAUACUGUAGAUUUAUUACUCAAAGAAUAUCAUUUGGAUACUACCACUUCAAGUUUAUCUAUGGGCGUGUCUUGGAGUUUCCCUAUUGAUCAAACCAGUGUAUCUGAUGGCAAGAUUCUUCGUAUGGGUAAAGGAUUUGACUUGAAAGGAAUUGAAGGUCAAGAUUUGAAAACGUUAUUUAUGGAAGCUUUCCAAAGAAAGAAUGUCAAAGUCAAGGUGACGGCUUUGAUCAAUGAUACUGUUGGUGUCCUUGUGGCUCAUGCAUAUAACGAUCCCAAAGCUCGUAUUGGAUUUAUUUAUGGAACUGGAACCAAUGCUGCUUAUCCAGAAAAGGUAUCGAAAAUGGUGAAAUUGAACAAAGAUCAUUCGCUUUAUCAAGAUGAUGCCGAAAUGUUGGUCAAUACAGAAAUCGAUAUAUUUGGAAGUGAUGCUUAUUUGCCUUUGAAUCGGUUUGAUCGUCUAUUGGAUGCCAAUCACAAUCAACCUGAAUUUCAAUUAUAUGAAAAAAUGAUGAGUGGUGCUUACUUAGGAGAACUAGUCCGAUUGGCUGCUUUGGAAUUGGUCAAGGAAAAAUAUUUAUUUGAUGGUCAUAUUCCACUUGAAUUCAAGGAUAUGUAUAGUUUUGAAUCUUCUCAACUCAGUGAUUUGGAAAGUCGAUCGGCUGAUGCAUUGGAAGUUCGACUACAGCAUUUUGCCUCCAUGUUUACUUUUGAUACUCCUAUUCAUUAUCAACCUACAGAAAAAGACUUGACAACAAUGACUGAAUUGUGCAGAUCAGUGGCUACCCGUGGCGCGAAAUUGGCUGGUGCAGCUUUGGCUUCACUUAUUGAACAACAAUAUGACUUAUUUCAAGAUCCAAAAGAACCCAUUGUGAUUGGUAUCAAUGGAUCCACCUUUGAAUUGUACCCACAAAUGCCUGAUAGGAUUCUAACAUCUUUAUCUGAUUGGUUUGGUCCCGAAAUAACUGAUCGUAUUCGACUGGAAGUAGCUAGAGAUGGUGCUGGAAUUGGUGGUGCUCUUAUUGCUAUGUUAUAUGCUCAUGAUGAAGAAGAUGAUGAUUUGUAA